AUGGGCAAGAAAAGCAAGAAAUCGAACAAAACCCCAAAAGCCCCAAAGGUCAAGCCAAAUGGCUUCGAAGAGUUCUACGCAGACCCGCCAAUUACCCCAGAAGAAGCCAUCGAAGAGCGCCACGAUCUGUAUUCUCCAACCCGUCCCUUUCCAGAUCGGAUCCAAACCUGUAUCCAACGCUACCGUGCACGUCGUAAGCUCGACGAAAUCAAGGCCAAUUGCUUCAACAAGUACCUCAUUCUCGGCGGCAUCGAAUCGACCAACAAGGCCUUUACUGGAGGCGCGUUAGAUGAUGAGACGCUGGCGACGACUACUGCUGAUGAGAUUGCUGCCAUCCAAGCUACUGAUUUCGUCCGACCUGGAAACAAGAAGUAUUAUGAUCCGGCUGAAAGUGAUAAGUGGAUUGUCGAUUGGGAGGGUGUUGCGAAAGGGUUCUUAAUCCCUACUCAGUUGGAGAUGGAAAGCGAGCAGCUCAUCAAGUUGUACUGCGCCGUCAUCAAAAACUUUCUCAAUUACGUCCUCCAACAUGAGGUUUGCCCCGAAUACGUCGAGGAUGUCAUGGCUGCGCGUAGGAUCUGUGGACAAGCUGAAGAGGAGCUGAACGCCAUCAGACGACUUGGGAAAAAACUACCUGGAAACUUCAACAUCGCUCUUUCUACACUCUUCGGUGGUGUUUAUUUCGGCAUAAACCAAGCUGAUCAACCCUGGCAAGAACAUGCGAUCGGGAUGACGGUAGAGAAAGCGGAGGAGGUCCUCAAAAAAGGAGUUCAAGCUCUUGACGCCCUAGGCUAUGUUUGGAAGAAAGCAGACAUCGUGGUUAUCAGCAGCACCAGGGACUAUGAGGUUACAGCGAUUGAACUCCCCAAAGAGGAAGACGGAAUGUUAGGAUUUUUCAAGUGCAAACCGUGGGAAGGGCCACAAAGUGACGUGUACGAGGCGCCAAACAAGACUCCAUUAUCUACCCAGGAAGAAACCUUUUAUGUCGACGCCGACAUAAUCGAGCUUAUCCAGGUGGGAAUGAAAGUGGAAAUGAUAGUUCGAGAGAUUGAUAACGGCUUCAAGUUCUUUGACCACGCUGGGUUCUUCUGCUCUUUCUAUACUUGUUUGGAGAAUGAGAAGAUGGUGGAUUGGAAGGAGCCGGUUUUGAAUACUAGGCCUGGUCCUACUGAGGAUGAUCCCGAUGCGGAGGAGCGGAUGAUGCAGAGUGAGAUGGCUGUUGAAUAG